AUGUCGGAUGCAGCCACAGCAGCAGCAAAUACCCUACGGGCGAAGCAGAAGCCACUCAAGGACAAGUAUCGAGCAGAGCCUUCGUCGGCCCUCGUAACGCUGUCCUCCUCUGGGAAUCUUGAUCCCACAUCAACUAGCCUGACAUGUUCAUUGUCAACUGGAGCAGCGAUUAGGAAGGUUGCAGGCCUGCACAAGGCGGCGGGAGGAGAGGGCUUUGACGCCUCGGGAGAACUUUGUUCGGGAGAUAUGCUCCUCGAAUCUCUUGUCGCUUGUUUCGGAGUCACAGUCCGUGCGGUAGCCACCAGCCUCGGAAUACCUUUGCAAGGGGGAACAAUCAUUGUGGAAGGAGAUCUCGAUUUCCGUGGGACUAUGGGUGUGAAGGAUCCAGAGGGCAACGCUGUGCCUGUGGGUUUCAAGAAGAUCCGAUUGAUUGUCCGACUGGAAGUUGACGAAGAGCACCAAUCGAAAGCGGAGAAGCUCAUAGAGCUCAGUGAACGAUAUUGCGUUGUUCUUCAGACCUUGAAGGGGGUGGAAGUGGAAACAAAGCUGGGACAUGUCGGUCAAGCCAGGCCUGAUGCCAGGAGUGAAAAUGGUACUAGUGAGAACCCGAAGGAGGAAUCUGCAAAUGGUCGAGAUGUGCCUGCAAACGAAGAUGUCAUCAGGUUGAAUUGA